CACACACACACACACACACCAGAGGAGGAACUCAAGAUCAGUGUGAUUUGAACACUUCCGACGUGGGAAAAAAACAAAGGGGAUGGAGUAAUUUAAGUUUCCUCAGGCUUAACAAAUGGAUUGUAUUAGUAAUGGCUUACUGUACAUAGGGUAGGGCCCAUUGUUCAAGUGGUUAACAAAUGGAUUGUAUUAGUAAUGGCUUACUGUACAUAGGGUAGGGACCAUUGUUCAAGUGGUUUUUUUGGGGGGUUAUUUUAAAUUCAACCACUGAGGGUGUGUCUGGGUCACUGUUACUACUACGGCAUGCAGGAUGGGCCAAACGCGCUCGUCUCUCUCGCACACCGCCGACAUUCCUGGCAGAGCGAAGCGGAAAGCAGGCGAAACAGCCCAGAGACUCCGCAUCCGCAGCCUCAGGAGCGGAGACAAGCGUCCCACCAACCAGUUAAACAGGAAUCCGAUGAAAAAUAAAGUGUUAUCGUGUCUGGGAAGGAGAAAGCGAGACUCUGGCCAAACAGAAGCGGAUUUGAGUUGCGGAAACGAAGCCGGAGAUCCAGCGACGCGCCGCGAUCACAGAGUGGGAAAGUUGCCGAGGGACGAGGUUGUGUCUGCGGCGGAGGAACACCGAGCUCCCCCGGGUUGUUUUGGGUCACCAUCCGGCCUGGAGGAUCAUGUCGGGGCUAUCAGACACGUCGUGAACCGAGAGGCAGCGGCUGGCUCGUCCGAUGAAGCCAGAGGAGCGGGCUGCGAGGAGCCACACUCCCAGCGAGAAGACAAUGCCUCGGAUCCCCCGACGAGGGCCAUGGAAGAGCAGCCGGAGCGGGUCGAGUCUGAGGCCGGGGAGGCUCUGAGGUCAGCCCCGCUGCUCGCCUCUCACACGGAUACUCAGAGGACUUUCUCCAGCCUGUCCCCGGAUCCACCUCUGGAUGGUGGACCGACAGAAACAGGCGAUAACAUGACAAAACGUGACCGCACCACCGCCUCACGUCGGCCCGAAGCGACCGGGGACCAGAGCAGCCGAGCGGACUCUGAUCAGCCCCCUCACGCUCCUCCAGAGGGCCAAAGCUACCCAGGACCCAUACCCACACUCAUCAUAACCAGGGACCCCAGUCCGACCCGCUCUCAGGGGACACCGGCCCUCAGCACCGGCUCGUGUCUGGACCUUCACCCGGACGACGAGUCGCCCUGCUCGGACAGCGGCUGCGGAGGGUCCCCGGCGCUGAUGCGCUCCCCGAGGAAGCUGUCCAACUCGUCCUCCAUCGGCCUGUCCUCCGCCUCGUCCUUCGAGGAGUCCGAGGACGACUUCACCGGGAGCGACAUCGAGUCCAGCCUGUCUCCGGCCCGGUCCAUGUGCAGCCCCGACGACGGGACGGGGAAUAAGUCCUGGCAGAAACUGAAGACCAUGGUUCACUGGUCCCCCUUCGUCGUGUCCUUCAAGAAGCGUUACCCAUGGGUGCAGCUAGCCGGCCACGCAGGUAACUUCCAGGCCGGCGAGUACGGACGCUUGUUGAAGCGAUACUGUGAGUGUGAGCAGCAGUGCCUACAGAAGCUGAUGAAGGACACGCUGCGCCCUUAUGUGCCUGGUUAUUAUGGGAUAGUGCAGAGAGAGGAGCAGGAUUACAACCUGAUGGAUGACCUGCUGGCCGACUUUGACUCGCCCUCCAUCAUGGACUGUAAAAUGGGAAGCAGGACGUACUUGGAGGAGGAGCUGAUAAAAGCCAGAGAGCGUCCACGGUUGCGGAAGGACAUGUAUGAGAAGAUGGUGGCAGUGGACCCCGGGGCCCCCACUGAGCAGGAGAAGGCCGAGCAGGGAGUCCUCAAACCCAGAUACAUGCAGUGGAGGGAGACUCUCAGCUCCACAGCUACUAUGGGCUUCCGCAUCGAAGGCAUUAAGAAAGCUGAUGGAACUUGUAACACCAACUUUAAGAAGACGAAGCACAGGGAGCAGGUGAUGCAGGCCUUGGAGGACUUUGUAGCUGGCAACACUCAGAUUCUGAAACUCUACCUGCAGCGGUUAGAAGAACUUCGAUCCGUCCUUGAGCAGUCUCAAUUUUUCAGGACACACGAGGUCGUGGGCAGCUCUCUACUGUUUGUGCAUGACGCCUCGGGGAAGGCCAGAGUGUGGAUGAUCGACUUUGGGAAGACGGUUCCCCUGCCGGACCCUCGGACCCUGGACCACAGGACUCCCUGGAUGGAGGGCAACAGGGAGGACGGCUACCUGUGGGGCCUGGAUAACCUCAUAGACAUCUUCGGCUCUAUGCUCCCACAGACUCCGUGAGAGGGAGACUCAGAAGAAUCCAAUAAAACAUUGAUAUCCAGAUGGUGGGAGAGAUACAAGAAAAGAUGGAAGAUUUCACAAACUGAGACGGACAGAGAAAGGAUUAGAAGAGGGCCACCAGUUUGAUUCUCAUGAUCCACGCCAUGAUCCAAGUGUCUUUAUCCCCAUUGUACCUGUGUAAGAAGAGGAUGAACACAGUCAAGCACAGGAUUUCUAUUGCAAUUUUGAAUAUGCCAAAAGGCCAACUUCAUGCAUUAUGCUCCAUUUGUGGAACAUGGGGACAGAUGAUCUGCGAUGAGUUGAAGCAAACAGUAGAGGGAAGAGAAGAGGGAGACUUGAGAAGCAGAACUUGUAUCUUUUGUCACAUGGACUGUUGAGAGUACAGUCUGAAUUCAAGGACCUUGGCAUUCCCUUUUUCUUGCAAAGACACAUUCUUGACUUUGCUCAUCUUCCUCCUCAACAUCUCCCUCUGUUGGUCAGAGUUGCACACAGCACUCUCACGACCAUGAACUCGAUCCAGAGGUAUGAAACCUUUUCUAAGCCUUCGAGGAGCUUCGGGUAACAGGAGUAAUUAUUUUUGUCAUGGACCAUUUUUGAUGUUUAAGCAUACAGCAACACUAAAACACUGGUCAGACGACGUGUUAACUAACUCAGUAUGUAAAUACAUUUUUAUUUAACUUUGUUUUUGGCCUUGGUAUAACCUCCUCACCUUGUUUGUACGAUUUCUGUGCCUGGCAUUUUUACAGAACGAGCGGUUUGAUCAUUCCAGUGCAGUGGACUCCUGCUAUUUUUCUUCCAAAGAGUUCACCCACGUAUUAACUGCUUUACAAUAUAAUCCCAAAGUUUAACUUCUUGCAGAAAAGUGUUUUUUCUAAAUUUGGAUUUUUGUAUGAUAAUGCAGUGGAACUUUGUUUUUUCUCAUUUAAUUGUACAGUAAGUAGCGUGGCGGCCAUGUUUGUCUGGAAUUUGUUGCACUAUGGAUCCUCACAAAGCCAUUGAACAAUUGUGUCUUAAGAUGGGAAGCAGAAGUCAAGUUCUGGGUUUACAGAUGCAGACAUUUAGACGUUUAGAACAUGAAUUUAAUUAGUCGUUACCACUUCAUUCUCUCUGAUCAGUGUUGCUUUAGAUUUGCAGGGAGUUUUACAGCAAAGCAGAGGUGUAAAGGGCGAAAGGAAACUGGAAUUACCUGAUUAAACGUCGGGUCUGUUUAGGUAUUUGUGAGGUUUCACUUGUGUAUCAGCUUACACGUGAUCUUCUGACUGGAAAUGCUUAAAUGUGUCUUAUGAUUCAACAAUGACGCAUUAUCAAAUACAAGAAUGUCCCUUUUAAACACGCUGACGUUGCUGUAAUCAUUUAGCUACACCAAACGUGGUUUGUCAGGUUGAAUCUCUUCAUGCAGGAUGGAGCGUUUACAAAAAGACAUUGAUAUAUUUAGAUAUUAAGUCACAGUGCUUAUGAGCAUGUGUGUCAUCCCUUGACUGGAAUGCAGCAGGUUGGUAAAAAUAGCAAGACCCACUUUGUCAGCGUCAGGCAGCACUGUUUGGGCGUGUGCGUUCGCCGCAAACAUCCAAAUUCAUGAAAUUGGAAUUCAAGUUCAUGAAUUCAGUUUUUCCAUUUCCUCAAGACUAAACAUACUGGGAGAGAGGAAUAAUCUAGUGUUUACAAAGUAUUAUAUUUCUUCGCCCCCAAAUCCUCUAUAUUUGCCAAAUGGCAAACUAUCAGGUUCUCAAACAGGGUGCUGCUUUAUUAUUUAGAUAACUGGAUUCAUAACCACAUUUUGUAUUUUUUAAAGGCAGUGUAUUUUAAGUCCCAAAGCACAGGCAGAUUGGUGAAAAUUGAUAUUAAUUCCCUGCUUUGUCCAGGUCAUGGAUUGCAAUAAACUGGAAAUAAGUUUUCUGA